UGUAAAUUAACUGUGUUAAAAGGUAUAGCCAUAUUCAAUCGUACGUUCGAAUAUGUCAAAAAGCGAAUGACUCUUCAAAAACCAUGCCAUGUUGUACAUCUCCCUGCUCGUAAUUUUACAUGGGGCAUUUCAAAAGGCCACGGCAACAGUAUCUCAGCACUUCUAAUGCCAGAUGUAUUUCGCAACAUUUGUUCCUCUGAAUCCACCUCACUGAUCUGGAAUGAAGUUCUGAGAGGCAAAACUGGCUACAUUCAUUCACAAGAACAUAAGUGGUGCCGUUGUUUAAACACCAUAUCAACGUGGAUGGACGCAAAAUCGAAACAAAAUAUUGCUUAUAAGUUGCAAACCAUAGAUUCAAUAAUUGGCUAUGACAACUGGCUAACGGACAAAGCGAAGGUUGAUGACUUUUAUGCGUCUUUAAGAUGUGACGACGGAGAAGACACCUUCCUGACAUGCCUCAUUAAUGCCCAUUCGUUCAACAGUAAGAAGCAGUUGAGCCUUCUCAAUAAAAGCCCAAGUCUGUCUGACGUGGAAGUCAAGUUUUUUUCAAUCAAUGCAUUUUACUUUUCUCCCAGAAAUGGUUUGAUUGUGCCACAAGUAAAUUUUAUUUUUCCACUUUUUGGACGUGAUCUCCCAGCGACUGCAAUAUUCAGCACAAUUGGGCUCCACAUUGGUCACGAGAUAGGUCACGCAGUCGAUCAGUUGGUAUGA